AUGAGCUGGUCGACCACCACUGCAGGAAGAAGCUGGAUUUUGCUUUACAAUAGAAGGACAAAACUUAGUUUGACAAGGUGGAGUGCUGAUUGGAAGAGUGCCACUGGUUUGUAUGAGCAGGCUGCUAAUGCAUUUAGGCUUGCCAAAAAGUAUGAGAAAGCAAAAACAGCAUUUGAGAAAGCUUCUAAAGGACAAGAGAUGCUGUCUUCGCCCUGGGACGCUGCUAAACACAUGGAGUCUGCUGCUUCUCUGGCAAAGGAUUUAGGUAAAUGGAAUGAAGUUGCUGAUUUUUACAGAAGGGCAUCUGAGUUGUACACUGAGUGUGGGAGGCCUCAACCUGCUUCAGAUGCUCUUGCAAAAGGUGCUCGUGCUUUGGAAGAAGCUGCACCUGAGGAAGCUAUUCAGCUGUAUACUGAUGCUUGUGACAUCCUUGAAGAUGAUGGCAAGGAACAAAUGGCCUUCGAUCUAUAUCGUGCUGCCACAAGUGUGUAUAUAAAGCUUGAGAAGUAAGGAGCUGUUUUUUAUGUCUAAAACCCAACUGAAUUAGUGAUGGACGCCUUAUUUUAUUAUUCUAAAUUUUCUUUUGAUCCUACUAGCAAUGCAUCAUGUGUAUUGCAUGUAAAAAAAUUUCAUAAAAAAAUUUUGGACGAAAUUUCAAUAGAAACAUGAAUCAUACAUGUAACUAAAUUGAAUAUCAUCUCAUAUUUGUCAGACUUAUACUAAAUUGUCCAUAUUAUUUUAUCAAUCACAAGAAUUCUACAAAUUAACUCAUUGAAAAAGGAUUAUAUCUAGAUCAAGUUCGUAUUCCCUUACCAACUAGGUCUAGAAGUAUUUGAUGUGUUUUUGUUCGAAUCAUCUGAAUGGAAUUAGAUUUUUCCAUUCCUUGUGUUCUUUGUCUUUUUUGUUUUUGUUUUGUAUCUCCAUAAUUAUUUGCUUAGGAUUAGUUAGAUUCUAGCUGUUGUUAAAAGGUAGAUAUGUUAUUAUAAGCAUUUGCUCAUUACACUAUGAAAUUAAUAAUUGUUCCUAAUUAUUUUAACACAAAAUAAAGAGUGAUAGUGAAUUAUAUAUGAAGAGAUAGGAGAUAAGAAAAAAUAUUCUUUGUGGGAUAAAAAAUGCUUAGAAAUUGAAAAGAUGAAAAGAUAACUAUGUAGGCUUUUGCGCAUUUGGGGAACAUAUCGUAUUGAUGGAGUUGUUGAAAUUUUUUUGGAAUAUUUUACUAAAAAAAUAAUGUUGCCUUUACAUAUAUUUGAAUGGUAAUGUGGUCAUUUGAAAGUUUUUCAACAUUUGACAUAUAUAGUAUAGAUAUGCAGAUUUAUGAAAGUAAUUAAGAUGAUAGAGAAGGAUAUAAGGGUGGUUUGGAUAUUUAUAUACAAUAGGACAUUUUAGCCUCUGUAAUUUCUAAGGCUAUCUCUAAUCGUAACUCAAUUUUUUACUCGAAUUUGAGCAAAAAGUGUGAUUGGAUACAAAAAACUCAUUGAAGAAAUUCAAAUUUUUAUUCAAAUAUUUUUAUAAAACAUCCAUAUUAUCCCAAUCAUUUAUUUCUUUCAUUCUUCAUUUUGAUUAUCCCUUUCACUACAAAUCUCCUUCUCUCCCUAUUUGAUCAUAUUGUAACUCUCUAUAAACAAGUGAAUAUUGUUUGCUUUUUGUCUUGUUAUUUCUUGUGUUUUUUUUGUCUUUCAAACAAAUACAUAAUCUUUGAUUGCUAAAAUUUAAAGAGACAUAAUUUAAUCUAAGCUUGACAAAUGAUACCUUUGGCGAAUGAUUUGAGUUUAGCAAAGUCAUAAUUUUUGAACUUAUCAAUGAAUUUAAAAAAAAAUUAAAAAAUAAGAAAGACAAAGAUAUAAUAGAGAGAUACAUAGAGGAGAGUGAAAUAUGAUUAUUAGAUCUUUAAAAGAGGAUAAAAUCUAACUAUCAGAGAUUUGAGUAAAGAUUGAGUCUUCCUUGAUUUGAGUAAAAAUUUGAGUCUCUCAUCAGUUGGUAUGAAUUUGAGUAAAGGACCUGACCUUGUUUUUAGCAUGUUUUUUCUCAAAUUUAAAUGUGAGUUAGAAUUUGAAUAUGGGUUGGAGAUGCCUGAUAAAAAAAUUGUGAAUCAAAAGUUUUUUGUAUUAAGAUACUUUUUGUUGUAUAAUAUGUAUUAUCGAAAUGAAUAUGAAUCUUUGUUCUAUUUGUAAUUUUUGGCUAUUAACUUAAUAAAUUUUUCACUUACUUGGCUUGCGGUGCAAAUCUUCUCUGCUAGUUCUUUGUCAAAAUACAUGCAGUUACCAAGUCAUGUAAUUGAUAGAAGGAUGGUCUUUCUCCAACUUCCUGCAAAUAAGUAGUAAGACUAGGUCUGUAUAUAGUCGGUUCUCCUUCUAGUACCUUGCUCAUUGGCAGGAAUAAGACUGAAAUGGAUCUUUGAAAUUCCUUUUCUUUUUUCUGGUCCAAGCACAUUAUUUGAGCAUCUGUUGUCUUAUGUUGGCCUGUAAUGCAUUUAAAAAAUCGACCUUUAAAAUCUAGAAGAAAAUUAGAUUUGACUUUUGUCAUCUGUGAGAGAGAGGUAUCAAAAACUUCUAAGUAAAUGAUCUUUCAUAUUAUUUUCCAAGUAUUGCAACUGCGAAAGGGUCAUGAUUAAAAGAUUAAUUGAUUGCCACUUUUUAGAAUAUUCUGAAACUCUAUAAUAUACCCCUUGUUUUUUUCUUCUUCUUUGAAAUCAGAAGUUUGGGUCAUUGUUCAGAAUUUGUGUUGCUUUACCUUCAAUCAUCGUGUCUCUUGGUUCUCCAUAUUGUAUGAUUUAAAAAUUACAAUGGCACGCAUUAAUUUAAUUCACUUAUUUUGAUACCAGAAAACGAAUUAGCUUCAAGACUUUCCUUCUUUGAGGUGACUUGAUUUGUGUCGGAAUCAGGAAAAUGUCAAAUGAUUAUGGGAAAUCAUACGUCUGAAUAUAUAUACACUAUUGACCAGCUGUUUCGGAUGUUUUGCUUUACAUUGAUAGUUUAGAGCUAUUGUAAGUUAUCUUAAUCUCAUAUCCUUUAGAAACCUCUCUGGCGUGAUUGGAAAUUACAGUUGCAUGGAUCCAUUUGAAUCUGACUAUCUUUUUGUUUCUAGAGAGCAUUCAAUUUUUCCACCCUUCUCUUCCUUGAGGUGCCCUAUUAGAUUAAAUUAUGAUGGUCUUCAAGUCAUGGUUAAUGGGGAUUUCAUUUGUUUACGAGGCAAUUGUAAACAUUAAAAGUCAACUAUUAAGUCUUCUGAUCGGAUAUGAGUAUUAAUACAAUUUAUGUACAUGUUACCAAGGCCUUUUGAACUAAUGUUAUGCCAAUGCUUGUUCAAUAUGAAUUGGUAGAUUGAAUCUCAGAUUGUAAUGCAUCAAAACGAAUCUUUGCAAUUCAUAACGGAAGCCUCAUAAUUCACAUUUUAGAUUGGUUUCUUAUGAUUCUGUUAUCUAUUGUGUUGACAAUUAAGAAAGCCCCAUUAUAAUCCAAGCCUGUUCUCUUCUCCAAGAUAAGCUGUCUAAAGCACCUCUAAGGGUAAAUAUUGUUUGCCUCUUCUGUAUUGUUGAGAUCUGUAAAUGCUUCGUUCAAUAUAUAUUCUCCCUCGUUACCCCUCUGUCUAUUUCUCUCUUAUGUCCUUUAUCGCUUAUUGCUUUAUCGUCGCAUAUAGAGAUGGUUUUGUGAUGGCUGUUGUGUGUGUGAAUACAUAUAUAAUAUACAUAUAUAGAUAUCUAAUAUAUGUAUAAAUAUAUAAAUAAAAAAGAUUAUGUUAAAAAUAUAGAAGAAAUUGAAUUUUCAAAUAUUGAAAAUUAAGUUAAAAAGCUGGGAUAUACCCUAGUAUCCAAUUAAGAAAAUAUAUAAUAUUGGAACUUUUGAUUUUAAAUUAAGCUUAACAAUUAAAACGCUUGAAAGAACAAUUCCAUUUGAUCAAAUGCUAGAAUUUCAAUUUUAUUUUUAAACGCUAGAAAGAUCUUCAUUUUGAUCAAAGGGAAUUGUUCUUUCUAGCGUUUUAAUUGCUAGACUUGACUUAAAAUCAAAAGUUUCAAUAUCAUAUAUUUUCUU